AUAUUCAGCUAUUUUGGUAUUCUGGUUGGCUUCUAGAUCCGUCGAGAAUGUCAGAACAGACGGCGACUAAUGGCAAUAGGUAAUGGAUGCACACCUGGCCUCUCCUCUGGCCGGGUGUGCGGGCGUCCGUCACCCGCGUCCCGAACGCGAAGAAGGGCUACUGGCCUGGCGCGAGCCACGGGCCCUAGGCUUGAACUGGCACACCGGUGACAUACGCGCACACACCCACACACGAGUUGGGUGUCAUGGUGCCUCCUGUCUUCAUCCCACGGUCUACGCGCACCACACCACACCACUACCGGCUCAUAUGACGACCAUCCAUUGUGCACGAUCAGACCGGCAGAAAGGCGGUCGACACGAGGGGAAAAUCAGGAUUGAGUCGAUUCUUCAGCCUUCCACCGAAAGAGCCACGAGAGGGUUUUAUAUCGUAAUCCAUCCGGCUAUGCCCAAUAGCAAUAUGCGGGCGGAUGACUUCACCUCUUCUCCUCAGGGGGGGGUGUCUACCACCCUACAUACGCACGCGCUAGUGCAUCAGAUCUCUACUCAUGUACUUCGCUAUGCCUGCUCGCUCUGCUUACGUAGAACGGGGGGUGGGACGAGAUGCUCGGGUUCGCCCCAAGUUCCCAGUCGAAACCGGUCCCAUUUCAUGUGGCCAAGGGUUGGCAAGAAAGCUUGGCUGAAAUUGGGCAGGCCACCUCCUCCUCACCCAGCAAGGGUCAGUCGGCGAAUAGGAGAAUAGAGCCGGCUUGGGGGGAGGGACCCUUCGGUUUCGCUUUGUUCGUAAUGUAGGUAGUUGAGGGCGAGUCCAGCCGCAACAUUCGAACUGUC